GCCAGCCACCAGAUCUCAAGCGUUGAUUCAAUCGUUUAAAAUCCUUUCAUCAGGCCCUAAAGGGAUUUCUGUCUCCUCUGCUUUGUUCUUUGCAGCACAUUCAUGCGCUUUAUGUCUUGUUCUGUUUGUUGAGACGCUUCUACAACAGAUCCCCAACAAACUUAUACAGUUGGACCGAAUGUAGCAUUCCAACUGUCGCGACCUCAAUUUAACCGAAAAUCAGCCUAUCAAUUCGUCAUGCAACUCGAUUUACCCCCCUGGAGCGGGAAGUACAUCGACUAUCACAAAUUGAAGGUUCUCUUGAAAGAACAUGAUGUCACCGAAGACGCAAGUGACUCGGAAGAGUCUCCAUGGACAGAGCAGGACGAGGAAGCCUUCGUUCAGGAACUGAUCAAUGUGCAGCUUGACAAGGUCAAUGCUUUCCAGGUUGAGACAUCUCAGCAGCUGAAAGAGCGUACGUCUGCCUGUGAGAGCAGGUUACUGCCAUUGGCACCCAAUGCGGAUCAGGAGACCGCCACCGUGGACGAGAAGGAGAGGGAGUCUAUCGCUACCGAAGUUCUUCAGGAAUUGGACCAGAUUGCCAAAGAAGUUAGCGAGCUCCAGAAGUACAGUCGCAUCAAUUUCACCGGUUUCCUCAAAGCUGCCAAGAAGCAUGACCGCAAGCGCGGUGCACGAUACCGCGUACGGCCGCUGCUGCAAGUACGUUUAUCGCAGCUCCCUUUCAACAGCGAGGACUAUUCGCCUCUGGUUCAUCGGAUAUCAGUGAUGUAUUCCUUUGUGCGCCAGAUCCUGAGUGAGGGUGCUGUCGAAGCUAAAGAUGCCGGGGAGCCCCGUUUUGGCCAGGAUGCGUACUCAUCGUACAAAUUCUGGGUCCAUGAGGACAACAUCCUGGAAGUCAAGACUUACAUUCUUCGCCGAUUGCCUGUGCUCAUUUACAACCCCAAGUCGUCGAGAGACUUUGAGUCGCUUCCUGAGGACCCCACAAUUACAUCUUUGUACUUCGACAGCCCCCAGUUCGACCUCUACAAUCAGAAAGUAGCCAAAGCCCCCGAAGCCGGUUCGCUCAGACUUCGGUGGACCGGGAAUCUCAAGGACACGCCCGCCAUUUUCCUGGAGAAGAAGAUCGUGACCCGUGAUGACUAUAGCAAAGAGGUGAAAGUGCAGCUUAAGGAGAAGCAUGUGCAGGAGUUCCUUGAGGGCAAAUAUACGUUCGAGAAGCAGCUGCAUCGAAUGGAAGGUUUGAAUAACGGCGAAUCAGCGGAGGCGGAGUCGCUCAAAAAGGAUGUUGAGGAGCUGCAGUCAUUCAUCAAGGAGAACAACCUACAGCCCAUGCUUCGGGCCAAUUACACCCGCACUGCAUUCCAAAUUCCCGGUGAUGAUCGCAUUCGAAUUUCACUCGACACCAACCUUGCGCUCAUCAGGGAAGACGCGCUGGACGAAGAACGUCCGUGUCGGGACCCGACCGAUUGGCAUCGGAGGGAUAUCGACGAUAGCGGAAUGCAGUACCCCUUCGAAGGCAUCAGAACCGGCGAGGUCAAUCGGUUCCCACACGCUUUGCUGGAGAUUAAACUGCGGGGCAGCGCACAUCAUGUCGAGUGGGUCAACGAGCUCAUGGUCUCCCAUCUUGUCAAGGAGGCGCCGCGCUUCUCGAAAUUCGUCCAUGGUGUCGCUCAGCUAUUUGAGGACCAUGUCAAUAGCUUCCCCUUCUGGUUGAGCGAACUGGAGAAUGACAUCCGACGCGAUCCCGAAACAGCGUUUCAAGAAGAACAGGAACGGCUUGCAAAGCGUGCCGAGGAUGAUAUGGUCGUCGGAAGCUUCCUGGGCAACCGAGCAAGUCCUACCGUGCGCCCACUGGUUGGAUCCCCGGUUACCAUGUUCUCGGACCUGGGCUCCCCAGCGCGGACAAGACAGCCCUCGCAACCUGUACCACGGCCGAGCAGGCCUACCAUACAGGAAGGAGAAGGCCGCACAUUGCCCGAGCCUAUAACGUCGUCCCGCUUGGCCGCACUCUUCCCGUCUUUCCCCAUCUCGCGAUCCAGCCGCACGCAUCGACAGUCGGUUGUCCUGCCACCUGGCGUGCGUGAACCUGUCACCUGGAUCAAGGAUUCGGGCCCUGUCCGGGUGGAGAGCAAGUGGUUGCACGUCAGUAUCCUGCUUUCUUCUCUGUCUCUCGGUUUGUACAAUGCUGCGGGCAAACACAACGAUAUUGCUCGCGCCUUGUCCAUUGUCUACACUUUUUUCGCCUUGUUCGCCGCCGCUUGGGGAUGGUACAUGUAUGAAAAGCGCGGACGUGAUCUGGACAACACAUUUGGUCCUAUCGUCGUGUGUAUUGGUCUGGCGAUUGCCUUGGUGCUGAAUUUCGCCUUCAAGUAUUCGGCUACUAUGAAGAGGAUCAGGGAGCAGCAGCCCGGCGUUGACACACCCCCUAUGUUCAAUGUUUCAUUUACUCCAGUGGAACAUCCGGACACCUGGCGCUUGGUCAACCAGGGUGGACAAGGAAUGUAAAUGCACGUCUUUACAAUGCUUGACGCGAGUAUGACUGUGAUAGCCUGUAUUGAGUCGCUGUACAUCCAAAAGUAACUGAUACGAAUAUAUGUACGCAUGGUUCAUAUGCA